AUUUGAACAUGGUGUUUGGGAUUAGUAUUUAUAUCAAUAGAAGAAAAAAUAUUCUUGUUCGAGAAACAAACGUUUUUUGUUGGAAGAUAGAUGUAAAUAGAAAGUACAAAGAACUCAAAGUCAUAUCAAAUACACACGUCAUUUCGGCCGACGCCAUUGUUAAUAUUAUCUGUACAAAAAUAGUGUAUAUUGAGCAUUCGAAAAACUCCAACAAAGAAAAGCGGUUUGGCUUUGUCCUCAGCAAGAAAUGUUGAUACCAAUGCAAAUUUGGAGAAUGUUUUUUCUUUUUAUGUUGCUCAUUACAAAAGUAGAUUAAAAAAUUGGAAAAAGCAUAAUUGGGACUAAAACUUUGUUCUUGAUCAGAGUAUAAAAUGCCUUGCAACUUCGCUCUUAUCGCACGCGGUUAAAUUUGCAAUGUUCGAGAAUACUUCAAAAUAGUUUAUGUUCAAAGUGCCUAUCCGUAUCAAAUAAAACAAACCAUGUAAAUGAGUAUGCGGGAGGGGUAAAAUAAGAAGUUUCUUACCUCCCGCUUCAAAUUCCUCUUCAUAGAAAUACUCUGAUACCUCAAUAACCAGUUCAGUGAAAUCAGUGAUAAAUAUACAACAUACAACAGUGUGCGCACCUAGAGGAUAGGCGGAAACAUUUUUUAGCGGAUGAUCGUGCUUUGCAACGACGGGUAAUAAUUGAGGCAUGGUUCAAUUUGAGGAUGACCAGGAAGGUGAUCGCUCUGACCCUGAAGGCCCUCAAGGGGAGCAUAUCCUCCUUCUUGAGACAAACAGGGAAGAAAACAAAACUAGUAUCACCAUGUUGCCGUUAUCGCACAAAGAUUCACGCAGCAUGGGAGUAUUCAUAAAAGACAACAUAGGAAAUUUGAAGCGUUUGAUAUUUUCGGACAAGAAUACGCGAAAUUUAUUUUUGUUUUUACUGUUGAAUCUGUCGUUCGCGUUUGUGGAAUUGUUGUAUGGAAUGUGGACAAACAGUUUGGGCUUAAUAUCAGACAGUUUUCACAUGUUUUUCGACUGUACGGGAUUGUUAGCAGGAUUGGUAGCUUCGGUGAUAACAAAAUGGCGAGCGAACGAGCGUUUUUCGUACGGAUAUGUGAGAGCGGAAGUGUUGGCAGGUUUCGUGAACGCGUUGUUUCUAUUGUUUAUAGCGUUUUUCAUAAUGUCAGAGGCUGUAGAGCGAGCUAUCGAGCCACCCGAAGUGAAGCACGAAAGAUUGUUUGUAGUAUCGGUGUUGGGACUGUUGGUGAAUUUGGUAGGAAUUUACGCGUUCCAGCAUGGCCAUAGUCAUGGACAUAGUCAUGGGGGUGGUGGACACGGUCACUCUCACGGAGGUGGUGGGUCAUCCGGCCAUGGCCACGGACAUUCCCACAAUCAAAAUCAUGGACACAGCCACGACCAUCACGAUAUUGAGAUCGAGGCUACUCUCAGCAGCGGAGAAUCCCAGAUAAUGAAGGGUGUGUUUUUGCACAUACUUGCAGACACUUUGGGCUCUGUCGGAGUAAUUGUGUCAGCGGUAUUGAUGCAAAUGUUUGGCUGGAUGAUAGCGGAUCCCAUUUGCUCCAUGUUCAUUUCGCUCCUCAUAAUAUUGAGUGUCUUGGGCCUCAUAAAAGAGUCGGCGCUUGUACUUAUGCAGCGACAACCACCUGCCCUCGAUCAUGUACUACCGCAGUGUUACAACAAAGUAACACAAUUGGCCGGCGUCUAUGCGAUCCAAGAGCCACACUUUUGGACCCUCUGCUCAGAUAUUUACGUCGGUUGCCUGAAGCUCGAAGUUGCCAGAACCGUCGAUCCAAAGUACGUCGUUGCGCAUACCCAAAUGAUUUUUCAAGCUGCUGGUGUGAGACAACUCACCGUACAACUCGACUACGCACCCAUGUGAUCCGACCAAGACACACUAAUUUCCCCUAGCAUAAGCUCCAAUUACAAAACAACAAUCUGUGCUGCUUGCCACAGACAUGUCCGAAAUUUAGCUCUCGUGCAAAGCCUUCUAGCUCUGCCAGAAAUUUUCUACUGUCCUGGCUACUAUAAAAACGGUUACAGGCUGCGAUUACAAAUUGUGUAGAAAUUGUUCGAGUCAACAAUGCCAUUGUUGGAAUACAGCCUCAUGUUUUUCAACAUUUUCAUUCGAUUAUUGUUCCAAAUGGCUCGAAUAUUUUUUUUCAUUGUCAAAAUGUGGAAUCACAGAUUCAUAAAAGGAAACGUUGAAAAAAUAUGAUAGAAAAUAUCCCCAUUUUUCCAAGUAUACAAAUUUCAACACCUCAACAUUUCCUGCUUUUCUUGUUUACAACAACAAAAUGUGCUCGGACGUUUUUCCCUUGUGGGGAUAAAUUAUUUCUGUGAAUCGACGAUUAAAUAUUUACAGGCUGUGUAGAUUGACAUUGAGAGAAGGUUUGAUUGUGAACAAAACUGGAAUAAUCUGAGAAAAUUCAGGAAUUUCCACACGAAUUCGCAUUUGCAUCCAUUUUUAGCUCUCCCUCAUUUCAAAGUUUCGCAAAAAAUCAGUUGCACUAGAUUUCCUAAGAAGAAAACGUCGACUAAUUUACGAAACUAAUAAAUUCACUAAGACCAGCCAGUAAAUACUUGAUUCGUCAUCCGAACAGCCUCGCAGUUCGAUUUUUUCCUAGCCAAUAGUAUUUAUUAGCGUAAUUGAAAAGAAGAAGGUAGAAAAACCGAAAAAUUAUCUCGAAUCAUUCAACGAUGCGCCUAGAAAAAAAUAUGCAAAUAUAUUUACUGUCGCAAGAUAUUCGGCACGAUGGAAAGGAAAAGCUCUCUUCUGUCGUUCAUAUUGUCAUUCAUUUCCAUUACUCUUAUGAUGGAAUGAAUUUUUUUCUAUCCGACCAAAAUGAAGAACGGUUGCAAAAUAUGAUUUUUUCUACUGAGAGCUCAAUUUUUCUUUCAUCGUGUCUUUUGUCCUCCGUCGUGGAAAAAAAGAAAAAAAACGAACGAAACUACGUCUACCAUGUAGCAGCUAAACUUGGUUACACUUUUUUAUUUUUUUACUGGUGCAUCUCUUAACGGGGAUUUUGAGAAAAUGCUUAUACAUAUUUACGUGUAUAUAUGUUUGUAUUUAAUUUCAUCUGCUUCCGCAUUCACCAGAAUAUAAAUCAAUGAAAUAUCUCGUUGAAUCAACCGUCGUCCAUAUCCACUCGAAGAGGAACAAUCAAAAUCAAAUUCGAAUUGCCUCUGAUCAUUUUCAUCCAACGUGGCCCACUUGACUUUUCAGAUUUUCAUUCAGAUUUCGUUUGCUAUAAAAUGAACAAAUUUUCUUGACACGAACACAUUUCGAGGUAUCUCGAAUCAUCUUGUAUGCUAAAUUGGUGGGAAUUUUACUGUUAUUACUCGUCGAAAGAAUCAAGAGACAAAAAUAAUUUUUCGUUCGAGGCUUGUAAAACUUAGUGUAGAAAAAUUGGGUCUUGGCACGAUCGUUUUGUCUGAGGUUUACAAAUUUUCGUAUAAAAUAAUGUUUCCUGCGUGAGUUCAUUUCGUAGGCAAUGAAUUUUGCAUUUCAUAUGCGAUUUUUGUACCCUCAUAAGAAAACGUGCUGGAAUAUAUUGACAUGUGAAACAUUUGAAUUAUGAUUUCAAGCCGUUUAUAUAAAUGGAUUAUCUAUAUGUUGCGAUAAUAACUUUUUUCUCUAUUUUUAUGAAAAAAAUGUGUUCGGGUCACUAUAAAAAACCUGUCGACGAUCCAGCAUGUUCGUAUCAUGUAACAAACAAAAUACAUUCCAUAAAUGACUCGGAGAAUCGUAGAUCUCAGUAAUUCGAAAUGACCGACGAGAAUGAGAAUAAAAAUCACGAAUUACAAUUGCAAUUACAAGGCCAAAGGUGCAUUGUCGAUAGUCAUUAAAAAGAGGAAAAUAAAGGGUGAGAAAAGAGAGAGGGAGAUAGAUAAAAUGAAUAAAAUUUUCACGUAAACGAUAGCGAAUAAUGAAAUAUGAGGAAAUAAUGUUUGAGGGAGGCUUGCUAGCCAAAAUAGUAAUUAAUUAAAAAAUCACGAUAAAAUCACAUUCAUUGACUAGACGCAGCGAAUGAUCGCAGCGUUAAAUAUUCGGCAUUUGUGCGUAUCAAAUCGUGAAUGCCUGAACGAGCUAAGUGUGAAUUUGGUGGAUUGUAGAACAAUGUUACGUUUUAUGAAGAUUUCUUACUAUAUUUGAUGAAAUAUGUGAAUGGUAUAAUUGAAAAUAAUGUGCGAGUGUGCGAUGUAAUAUCGUGAAUACCAGGUGUGUAAAUAAUUAUUAAUAAUAAAAAGAUGAACUUGUAAUUAGA